AUGAGCUUUUUAAAAAUAUUAGCUUUGAUAGUUUUGGUAAUAAAUGUAAAAAAAAAUUUUGUUAAAAAUAAAAAAUUAAAUUUUCCCGAGGAUAUACAUAAAACAUGUAUUGAUAGUAAACGAUGUUAUAGGAGUAAUAAAAAAUGGGGCAUGCUAGGGAAGUAUAUUAAAAAUAAAUGUGACAAAAAUAAAUGCGGCAAAAAUAAAUGCGGCAAAAAUAAAUGCGACAAAAAUAAAUGGGACAAAAAUAAAUGCGGCAAAAAUAAAUGUGACAAAAAUAAAUGCGGCAAAAAUAAAUGCGGCAAAAAUAAAUAUGCUUACAGUUAUAUGCAAUGGAAUACAAAUUUGAUAAGAUACAAAUUACUAAAUAAAUAUGUAAAUUUUGAAAGUAAUAAAAUAUUUAGUAGUGAAAAUAAAAAGGACAAAAAAGAUGAUACUUUAUCAGAAAGGGAAGAAGAAUUUGUGAAAUAUAAGCAAAAAAUAAAUGGAAAAAAAUGUGAAAAAGAACAAAAUGAGUUACAAGAAAUGAACAUAAAUUUGAAUAAUAAAAAAAAAAAAUUAAUAAAAAAAGACAAAUAUGGAAUACCAGAAGAAAAACUAAACAUAAGAAGAUUACCUAAUAGUAAAAUAAAAUCAAAAUAUAAUUUUUGUAAAAUAAAAACAUAUAAUGAAACAACUAAUAUAAAUUAUAAAAAAAAAAAAAUAUUAACAAUUAAUGAAGGAAUACUUAAAAAUAAAAAAUUAUAUUCACCAGAUAUUUAUACAAGACCUAUGAUGAGUAAAGUUAAAGAAUCAUUAUUUAAUAUAUUAGUUCAUUUAGGUGUAUUUAAUAUUAAUAAUUUUAAUGUAUUAGAUGCUUUUAGUGGAAGUGGAAAUUUAGGUAUAGAAUGUAUUUCUAGAGGACUUGAGAAUGUAACAUUUGUAGAUUUAUCUUUAAAUUCAUGUAGAACUAUUUGUGAAAAUUUAAAAUUAUGUAAUAUACAAAAUUUAAAUAAUAAAAUAAUUCGAUCUGAUGUAUUAGAAUUAUUAAAAAACCCUUAUAAAUUUGAUAUACUUGACAAAUAUAAUUUAGCAUUUUUUACACCACCAUAUGAACAAAUCGUAUAUAGUGAGCUAGUGCAUAGUAUAUCUAAAAGUGAAUUGUUUGAUAAUGAUGCUCUUAUUUUUAUUGAAUAUCCUAAAGAAAUAGAUAUGUUACCACAAAAAGUUGAUAAUUUAAUUGGUUUAAGAAAUCGGAAAUUUGGAAGAACUUAUUUUGCUAUAUAUGUUAUUAACCAUACGGGAAAAUACGAUUAUAGUAUAAAUAAGGACGAAUUUUAUCCAUUACAUUAUAAUAGGAAACAGCGACGCCAAGAAAAGUACAUAUAA